CGAGAGAGAGAGAGAGAGAGAGAGAGAGACGGGAAUAACGAAAAAAUCUAAUUCCCGAGCCGAGGGAAGAAGAACCAGCGAAGAAUCGAAUGGAUGGUGGGCUUCUCCUCCUCCUCCUCCUAAAUCUUCCCCCCUCCUCCAAGCGAAGCCGCGUCGCUUUCCUCCUCCUCUCCUCCAAAUCCCUUACUCUCUACAGAUAAAUCCCUAAACUUCUCGCCGACUGGGGCUAGAUCGGUGGUUUUGAGCUUAGCUUUGGGUAGGAAUUUGGGAGGGGGCUAGCGUUAGGAUUUGGGAUGGGGGCCGGGGUGUCGAGUAUGGACGGGAGAGAGCGGGCAACUGGUCUGGGGGACUUGCCGGAGAGCUGCCUGGCGGAGGUCUUGCUCCGGCUUGAUCCGCCGGAGAUCGGCCGGCUGGCGGGCCUCAGCCGCACGUUCCGGGGGGCGGCGUCGGCGGAUUACGUGUGGGAGGCGAAGCUGCCGAGGAAUUAUAGGUAUUUGAUGGAGACGGCGCUGGGGGAGGAGAGUUCCAUGCGUGGGCUUCGCAAGAGGGAGAUAUUUGCGAGGCUAUGUCGGCGGAAUCGCUUCGAUGAGGGCAACAAGGAAUUCUGGCUGGACAAAUACAAAGGUAGGGUUUGCAUGUUGAUCUCUUCAAAGGCGUUAUCGAUUACAGGGAUUGACGAUCGGAGAUACUGGAACUUUAUCCCUACCGAUGAAUCUAGAUUCCACACUGUUGCAUACCUUCAGCAAGUUUGGUGGCUCGAAGUCGGUGGAGAAAUUGAGUUCUGCUUUCCAGAAGGUACAUACAGCUUAUUCUUCCGUCUUCAUUUAGGCCGGGCCUCCAAACGUCUUGGUCGACGGGUCUGUAGUGUUGAGCACAUCCAUGGGUGGGACAUAAAACCUGUGCGGUUUCAGCUAUCAACAUCUGAUGGUCAGCAAGUCCAGUCCAAGUGUUAUUUAGAUGAGCCUGGGAUUUGGAUGCUCUACCGUGUAGGUGACUUUGUUGUUAAGAACUCCAGUGCACCAACCAAAGUCAAGUUCUCAAUGAUUCAGAUUGAUUGCACACACACUAAAGGGGGUCUUUGUGUGGACGCCGUGUUAAUAUGCCCGAAGGGGUCUCGACAAGGAAAAAAUGUUGCAUACUUGUAGGUAGGCUUGCCAUACAAGGGAGGGUUAUCAAAUAUUAAAAGUUGAAUGCAGAAGAUAGCUUGCUUUCCUUCACAGAUUUGCAUGUACAUGUUUUCCCUUAUAUUUUACAGGGAUGAGCUAGAGUGAGGGGUCUUGUUUGUUACUCCAUUUUCUUUCCUUAGUGGUCAAAAUUUUGUAUAUGGAUCGUUGAUGUGGAACAAUCUAUAUUUGACGAUGUUAGAGAUCAUUGAUGCUUUGUUAAUUGGAAAAUACCAUCUAUUUGCAGA